GUAACCUUCUAGAACUUUCUGCUUUUAAGCAAAAAAUUCAGUCGAUAUAUUUAUAUACACAAUCGCUAUUCUGUUGAUUUUCUCUACCGCAGUGAUUAAAUUCAUACUGCAAUGGGGAAGGAUUACUAUAAAAUCCUUGGAAUAAGCAAAACUGCUACCAUGGACGAAAUAAAAAAAGCUUAUCGGCAAUUGGCAUUAAAAUAUCAUCCUGAUAAGAACAAAGCAGCUGGAGCUGAAGAAAGAUUCAAAGAAGUAGCUGAAGCUUAUGAAGUAUUAAGUGAUCAGAAGAAAAGGGAUGUAUAUGAUAAAUUUGGUGAAGAGGGAUUAAAAGGGCACGAAGGUAAUAGGCCUGGAUCAGGAGGAGGUUCUACAACAUAUACAUUCCAUGGUGACCCCAGAGCAACGUUUGCCCAAUUUUUCGGUACUUCUAAUCCUUUCCAACAACCAUUUUUUGAUCUUGGAGGAAGUCCCUCUCCAUUUGGAAGUUUCUAUGAUGAAAUGGACAUAGACAGUGAUCAAUUAUUUGGUGGAAAUAUUGGAUUGAAUUUUGGUGGUCGUGGUGGUCCAGGUGGGGCAUUUAGAUCACAGUCAUUUAAUAUUCAUGGCAGUAACCCUUCAAGAAAAGAUAAAGUUCAAGAUAGUCCUAUAGAAUAUGAUUUGUAUGUGACUUUAGAAGAUGUAUUGAAAGGCACAGCGAAAAAAAUGAAGAUUUCUCGUAAAGUGUUACAACCUGAUGGUUCCACUAAAAGAGAAGAUAAAUUCCUCACUGUUAAUGUCAAACCUGGUUGGAAAGCUGGCACAAAAAUAACUUUCCAGAGAGAAGGAGAUCAAGGAAGAAAUAAAAUUCCUGCUGAUAUAGUUUUUAUCAUUCGAGAUAAACCUCAUUCUGUGUUCAAAAGGGAAGGAAGUGACAUCAGAUACACAGCUAAAAUAUCUCUUAAAUCAGCUCUGUGUGGUACACAAAUUGAAGUUCCAACUCUAACUGGAGAAAGUAUACCAUUGAAUCUUCGUAAAGAAAUUAUUAAGCCAACUACCCUUAAGAGGAUUCAAGGACAUGGCCUACCACUUCCAAAAGAACCUAACCGCAAAGGCGACCUUCUGGUUUCAUUUGAUAUUCUGUUUCCUGAUACAUUGACUUCGAGUGUCAAAGACAUACUACGAGACAUGUUACCUAAUUGAUAAAAUUAAUUUACGACUACUAUCUCAUCUACUUUUUUUUUUUUUUUAUUUCAUAUGUUUACAAAAGUAACGAUCAAAGGCUAAUUUUUAAUUUUAUGAUUUUUUUUUAUUAAUUUUUUUACUUGAAAUUUUUUUUUUAAUUUUUUUUUUUAUAUACAACUGCUUUAAAGUUGGUUUAUUAUGACCUUUUUUACUUUGUCUUGCUUAUGUUUGAUUUCAUUGUUAAUCUAUUAUAUUUUUUAGAAACGAGUUUAUUUUUCUAUAUUCUUGAACUGAAUGAAAAACUUCAUGCUGCUUGGCUGAAGUUUUGUAAUAUUAUUAUUGUAAUAAGUAAUAGAUUAUUCUCUUAAAACUAAAUUUUCUAGAAAUUUUCAUUUAGAAUAGGGCUGACAGGAUUUAAUUUAUGUAAUGGUGCAUUGAAGUAUAAUUAAAUAUCUUAUUUUGCUAAUUGUUUUAAUUGCCGCUGUGAUGCUAUACUAACUUUAAUUAAUAAAAAGAUUCAUGAACCUUGAAAGUCUAGUUGCAAUUCAGACAAUGAAUGAUUUACCUCAGAAAGAUGGCCGACUUUGAUUUUAUGAAAUUGAAAAUAUAAAUGUGACUAAGGUUUUCAUCAAACCUACACAAUACCCUCCAACAUGCUUUACUAACGUUUAUUAUUAUUAAAUUAUUUUUCUUUAUUAGUCCAGUUAUUUUAAUUCCAUUACGUUUAAGAGAGGUUAAUCUAAAAAAAAAAAAAUAUGUGGGUCUAUAUAUUUUUACUGUCGAUUUGUAGUGUCUUUUUUAAUUUGUUGCCCAGUUUCUAAUUGCAAACAACCUUUUAUGAUGUAUAAACUGUGAUUUGUUUUCUGUUGUUAGAUCAUCUAUUAAAUGGAAAACACAUAAUUGGGAUUAAAACUUAUUUAAGUGGUGUGACAUGAGUAUUUAACUGCACUUUACUAAUGAAGUGUUCACCUUGAAUCAAGUUUUUCUCACAAUUACGUAUCCUGUCAGCCUUAGUUAGAUUACCAUUCUGCAUACAAAAAUUGUAUUUGAAUUAUCUUAGGAAUACUCAAGUUUAAUACAAUUUCUUUUUCUGAAAACUAUUCAAUAAAGUCUAACUUUUUAAUUUAUAACUUGACUGAACAAAAAAGUUCUGUUCUAAAAAUCAUCUGCUGUGAAUAUUGUCAAUAUUAAUUUUAAAUAUUUUAUGUAACAUUUUAUGCCUUCACUGAAAUCUGAAUAAUAUUGAGCCAUGGCCUGCACAUCGCCUGUCAUAACUAAUGAAAAAAAAAAAAUCGCAUUUGCUACCUCUUUUUUUCUUAUUUAAAAACUAGCAAUACAGGAGUGGUUUUUGUUAUGUGUUUACUUGAUUGUUUUGUGUCUUUUUAUUUAUUGUUAUUUAAGAAUUGAAAGUAAGUGAAUCAUAGCUCAAUUUAAUGUUGAACCUUUUGAUAAUUAAAAGUUUUGUUUUAAAUAUUAUUUGUUUUUCUCUUUCCAGCUUACCUUUAUUCAUUCUACAAAUUACUAAGACUAUAAUUAUAAUGCAAUAUUUUCACAGCAUUUCAUAAUUUCAGUUGUUAUGAUUUAAUUGAUUGCAAAAAAUUAAUUCCUGUAAUGUAUUUUUGUAAAUUGAUGUUAAUCUCCUAAAAUUUUAAAGAAAUAAUUUUACUAAAUGAUAGAAUAGUUCCAAGGAUGAGAAAUAUAUUUUUAUUACUUUUAAUAGGUCAUGUAAUCCAUUUUAUUUUAAAGUAAUUUUCAUAACUAAUAAAU